UCCGGUUCUCCCAUCCUCAGUAGCACUCAGCUCAGUAGGACUUCAGGUUCGGGUGGAGUAGAGACAGAGAAGCGACUGCAAUCAGACUAUUGGGUUCCUCAGCGGUAGCGGAGAUGAAGGAUUUGGCAAUACUUGUGGGUGUGUGCGGGCUACUGCUGAUGGCCGGGACUGUCCGAUGUGUUGUACUCAUGACGGAUCCGUUUAUGACCCGUCUGGUUGCCAUCUCUGGCCAAGGACACGCAUGCGUCGUGUACAAUGAUAGAUCUGUAAUAAGGAGGAUGAUUCUGGAAUCAGACCCUACGCUGGUACGUGAAGUGAAGCCAGCUGAUCUAACCGCCGUCGCCAAGGCAUGUCGCAAAGAGAGCGUCUCACACCGUCAAGGCCAAAGAGGUUUCAUAUAUCCAGACACAAAAUGGUGUGGUCCUGGGAACGUGGCGCUGGACUAUGAUGACCUAGGGGCAUACACGGAGGAGGACAAAUGCUGUAGAGAUCACGACCACUGUCCGGACCAACUGGAGCCCGGACAAUGCCUCUAUGGACUCUGCAACAACUCACCCUUCACCAGGUCGCACUGUGACUGCGAUGCCAGGUUCAGGCGGUGUCUGCAGUCCCUCAACACCGACACGUCCAACACUCUGGGCGCCUUGUUCUUCAAUGUCGCUCAAGUCACUUGCUUCACCGAAAGCCGACCUUGUCCGCAGCUCAUUGAACAGGAUGACCUGGAGGUGAUGGGUAACAGCUUGUGUCAGCAAAUGGAAUUCCGCCCCAGCGGUCCUUUCUCCCCACUGACGCCAUAUUACUAACACCCCUGGCUUCAUUAACGCACCGAUGUGUGUCCUGGUAGCUAAACUGGUGAAUGGUAUCCCUUAUGAAAUAUAUCCUUAGUUCUUAAUAUAAUAACAAAUAUAGUAUUUGGAUUUGAGGUUCUCACAAUGGAGGUUAUCAAGAGUUCUCUGUCUUCUGGGACAUAACGGUCCCCAAUCCGUUCAGUAAACUAACGUUUCAGGGGGACAUGUUGGCUUAUUCUUUGAACGUGAAGAGGGGGCGAAAUUUUAGUCCGAAACGUCGAUGAGCUUUCAACGGAAUACUAUAAGGCGUUAUAUCCCAGAAGAUAGAACUCUUAAUGAUGUACGUAGGCCUAUUAUACUUCAAUAUAUAUUAAGAAAUUACACGGUUUAUGUUUUCUUUAUGAUACAAGAUAUAUUUUAUUAACAUUGAAAAUGGAGAAACAAACUCUAUAUGGAUAAAACCAGACAUUCCAGUUUAGCUUUCCUGGCCUCCUGCUUUGUGUGUAUUAAACAUGUUGAUGGAAUAUUGCAUUCGCUCGGUUACAAGUUGCAACAAAUUCUGUGGGAGGAUUUAGCAGAAACGUUGUUACGCAAAUUUAUGGACUGCCAUGAAAUAUUAACCUAACAAAAUGGCAAUUCAAUAUAAACUGUUUCUAUCUAAAAUAUUUGCAGCUAUUUAAAAAUGAAAUAAUUGGAAGGCCGUUUAACAGAACUAAAUCAAUAUCUGAAAAUGUACAACUCACUCAAAUAUAUUUACACUACAUGUAGACGCCAAGCUUAGGGGUUGUAACGUAUAAUUGAUGAAUGAGUGUUAUCUUUUGUGAUAAGAACAUAAAGGACAAUAACCUCCGUUGGAGUACAUUAUUAUGCUGGGGACCAUUUUCUUGCUGAAUUUUCCCACAUCACCACUCCUUUAAUUCUUAUGUAAAACACAGUUUUUCGUAUUAUAUUAUAUCAAUACGAUUAAUUAUUGAAAGUUAGGCUACAGAUAAUUUUUAUGUAAACAGAUGUGCAACAGAAGCAGAGCACUGUAUUCCUUCUAAGAUUUGAGGCUGUCUGGAGGUGAGUAUUAAGUUUAUGAAUUUAUGGAAUGUGACGGAAUAAAAGUGUGGGCCCAAUGUUAAAAGUAUGUCAUCACCAGGGCCCGGAUUUUGAUGACAUGAAAAUAUUUAAAAAAUGAUGUAUAAAAUGACCGAAAAAAUCCAGAAA